AUGAUUCAAUACAUCAAAAAAGAUCUAUUCAAGGCAGCUUCUCCUUCAAUUUUAGCUCAUGCAUGUAAUACACAUGGUAUGUGGGGUGGUGGGAUUGCACUUCAAUUUUCCAAAAGAUUCCCAUCAACUGAAAAAAUAUAUGUCAACCAUUGCUCCAAAUAUUCAGCUGAAGAAUUACUGGGUACCACGUUAUUAAUCAAUUCAAGUCCAAAAGAUCCUGGUAAUACUGGUACAGAUUCGACCCAUGUGAUUGCUUGUUUGUUCACAAGUGAAGGAGGUGGUGGGAAUGCUGAUUCGCCUAAACAAAUUGUGAACAAUACUCAAAAGGCUAUAAGUGAUCUUGAAACUCAAUUGGAUAAUGCUAAAGAAGAUUGGCUAGUUGCAACUCAAAAAGAAGGAGAUUGGUUAGUUGAAAUGCCAAAGAUCAAUGCUGGAAUAUUUAGAGUCCCAUGGGAAGAUACAGAGGCUGUCCUGAAAGGUAGUAAGCUAGACUAUAAUGUCUACGUUAUUUGA